AUGCUUCGCCGCCGCCUCUCGGCUGGCGCUCUCCGCGCAACCGCUCAGCUGCACACUGCUGCUCCCGUCGCGGCUGCCCCCAAGCGCAACUCGAACUCUGUCACGCCCGCUGCCGCCGCGGCGCGCGCUAACAUCCAGCCCGCGACGCAGUCCAAGUCGCUCGCUUCCGCCGUCCUCCUCAACACCCAGCGCAACUGGAAGAAUGAGAAGGUUGUCACCCUCAAGGCCGAGCUGAAGCGCCGCAACCUCUCCCAGCAGGGCAACAAGGCCACGCUCGUCGCUCGCCUGCACUCGGCGGACACGACGGGCAUGCUCCCCCCGGUCCCGCCUGUCAAGACGCCCGGAGCCAAGCAGUCCCGCCGCUCCGUCUCGACCUCGCGCCCCGCUUUCGAGGAGCCCAAGCCCGGAGACGUUGCGCACACUUCUGGCGACGCCCCCGUCCACGCCCCGACGAGCGGCAAGCGCCCCGACCCCGUUCCCCAGGAGGUCGCCGCGUCGCACCCCGGCCUGCCGAUCAAGGAGAAGACCGAGUCUGCCCCGAUCAACAUCAAGAUCCCCAAGCACCAGGACCCCAAGGAGGACCCUCAGGUGAUUAACCAGAACCAGAAGUCGCUGCACGAGCAGGUGUACACGCCCGCGUCGACGGCGACGCAUCCGGGCGGCGGCCCGCUGCACUCGCAGAAGCAGGCGAGCGACACGCAGCUCGAGCCCGAGAUGGUGUGGGACGAGAGCGGCAAGCCCGUGUCCAAGGCCGACCGCGAGUCGCUCCUGACGGCGGCCGAGGUGACCGAGCUUGGCGGCGUGCCCGUCUCUCUCCCCGUGUGGAACACGAAGGACCAGAUCUACGAGCCCAUCAACCGCCCCCUCGACGAGGGCGAGAAGCAGGGCCUCUGGGUCCUCGGCCUCGGAUUCGCAGGCAUCGUCGGCCUCGGAUACCUCGACAACAAGUGGAGCCAGAAGCGCAAGGCGGAGCACAAGGCUGAUGCCGACAAGAAGAAGGAGAAGAACUAA